AUGCCAAAUGUUAACAUAAAAUGUGUCCUCCUGUUUUACCUCCUUUAUUGCCUCUCCUUUAUUGUAACUACAACCUGCCAGUUAAGCCAUAAUAAUGGAAGAACUUUAAAAAACUGGUUUAGCCAUUUUAGUGAUGAAAUAUUUUCACCUGAACAGGUCAUAAAAAAAAAAAAAAAAAAAAAAAACUCGCCAACUUUUGGCUGUCCAUUUGAUAAGCAAAAAAAAAAAGCUACUUUCGAAUGUGUCAGGAGACAACUGCUUAAAUGUAGUGGGAAAUUAUUUAACGAAUGGAGUGAUCACUUGUCUGUAAUACAUCCCAAUGGAAAAUUAAAAAGAGAAAAAAUUUACAAUGAGGCAGAGCAUUAUAUAGUAACGAAAAAGGGAAUAAAUGAAAAGUUGAACUACAUCGAUUUGUCAUCGUUCAAUACGUACUGCUCAUUUUACAAAUUGUAUGUGCGCGACUUGGUAUACUUUAGUGGCAAUACGGGGGCAAAUAAUGGUACCUCCAACCCGAAGACAAUUAUUAAAAGAUAUUUCGUCAGAACAGACCAUUUGAAUAGCGAUCCACUGGAUGAAAAUAGCUAUAUUUUCAUUUCAGGCGCGAAAAAAGAAAGCCUAAAAGGGGAAAAUGAAAACCCACCGUACAGCAAAAUUUACAACACGGUGGCGAACAUAAUACAUUAUUACUACGUUUUCUUUAUAAGCAAAAUACUGGACCACACUUUCUACUUUGUAUUUAGCGAGGGCCAUAAGAAGGAAAACACUACACAUAGCACCAGUAAUAGUUAUGUGAUUUAUAAAAAUGAAGUUAUAUACCCAUUUAGGGAUGGCCAAAGGGGCUGCGGGGGGGUUCCUUUCCAGGAGGACUACUCCCAUUAUGAUGACCUACGAGAUUUUUACGUAAUCGAAAUUUGUCACUGCUUCAACGGGAUUACAUACAGACAGAAUGUGUACCGUUUGUUGAAGAGGUUGUGCAGGCUAUAUUUUAAUAUCGAAUUGGUUCCCUACAUUUUUCAGUUACCCCCCGUGUUUUACCACAUCCUAAUCAUCCUGAUUUGCUCCUUAACGCUUUCCUAUAUUUUUUACAAAAUUUUUCUGAAGUACAAAAGUUGCUUUUGA